AUCCAACUCAACAUUUAACAUCAGAAAAAUAUAAUUUUUGAAAACUAUUGAUCUCGGAUCAUCCCAAACAAAAUCCCAUCAUGACUAGCAACCUCUACAGCAACUACGGGCCCCACAGCACCGACGCCUACGGCAACGUCUACGACACCAACACUUACAACACCGGUGCGUACGAUACAAGCAACUACGGUACAACCGGCUAUGGUGCAAACCGCACUACCUAUGAUCCCACCACGGGUGCGUACGACCAACACAUCGACUACGACCGCGACGCAUCUACUCGUCGCCACCACCGCGAGCAAGUGGACGACUCUGGACGCUACUAUCAUCGCGAUGUAGACCGCGACACUUCUGGCCUCGACAAUACCACUCGCGUUCAUAAGGAGUACUCUAACCCGAAUACCGGCACCAGCUAUCACCGGGAUUCGACUUAUGAUCACAACAACGUGGUUUGAACGGUGAAUCGGCCGAGGCUAGGUUAUUAACUAGGGAUUGUAAAUAUUGGAGAGAGAGAGGGAUAUUAUGGUGAGGGUGAAAUCGGGCGCGGCUGAUGCAUGGAAUUACAUUCUUUUGACUUGAUUUUUUUGACUUGACCUUCGCAGUUGCUGUUUUGGAGCGAGCGACGUGUUUAUGCAUUGUAUCCCACGUGAGGAGCUGUCUCAUAAGCUGUUUUCUCUAGCUGGGUACGUGUGUAUAUAUUGUUUGCCGUCUGUUUUGCAUUUCUAGUACAUUUUGGGCUCUUUUUUUUUCUUUUUUUUUGAUUGCUUGCGUUCGUCUAUGCAUCAGCUUGCUUUCUCGUUUCUGUCGUGGUUCUGUCCUAGCCAGAGAACAGUCAGAAGACUGGCCACGACAAGCCCAGCAUGAUAUAAAAAGAUCAUCCAGAUUGUAUAUGAUAUAAAUAUGAUUGCAUCUCUAAGAUGUCGAAUAUAAUCCUCA